ACACCAACCGUUCACUUUCGUUGCCGCGCCAGAUAAGAGGGGGAAAAAAAACCAGUUUUCUCCAGCACUUAAACCCCAACAAAAUCCUACCUCAAACUUUAACACUCUAAAAGCUCACAACUUUCAUCCAUGGAAGCUCUGCAAGGAGCCCUCCCUCAAAUCCCAAACCCCCAAUUCGAACCCAACACUGAUAAAAUCAAACGCAACCUCACCAACAAAGGCGUACACCCAACUCCCAAAAUCGUCCACACUCUCCGCAAGAAACAAAUCCAGAAACACAACCGCCUCAACGAACAAGACCCACCUCUCUCCCAGUCCCAAAGCCAAGCGCUUUCCGAAGAAACCCAUUUCCAAACCCUGAAAGCCGAGUACAGAAGCUUCACCAGAGCCGUGAAAUCAAAGAAUGGUGGCGGUGAAUUGACGGUUGGGAUGCCUUGGGAGAGAGUGGAGAGAAUUGGGUUCCGGGAGCUGGCGAGUAGUAGCGGUGAGUAUGGUGGAGAGAAGCUGAAGAAGGAGGAGUUGAAUGCAUUGAGGGAAAUGUUCGAAACCCGAAAAAGGGAGGAGCUGAAAUGGGUGUUGGAUGAUGAUGUGGAGAUAAAAGAGGAGUGGUUUGAUGGUGAGAAUAGGGUGUGGGACCCGACAAAGCGGCGGCGCGGCGAGGGGGAGGUGAUCCAGUUUCUUGUUGAGAGGCUUAGUGGUACUGAGUUUACAAUGAGGGACUGGAAGCUUUCGAGGAUGAUGAAGCAGUCAGGUUUGGAGUUCACUGAGGGUCAGGUUUUGAAGAUUUUGAAUGGGCUUGGUGCUAAGAAAUGUUGGAAGCAGGCAUUGUCUGUGGUGGAAUGGGUUUAUAAGGACAGGGGUAAUAAACACUGCAAAAGCAGGUUUGUAUACACGAAACUUUUGGCAAUUCUUGGGAAGGCACGAAGGCCCCAGGAAGCUCUUGACAUUUUCAACAUGAUGCGGGGAGAUUGUCAUAUGUAUCCAGAUAUUGCUGCCUAUCAUUGCAUUGCUGUUACACUCGGUCAAACGGGUCGUCUGAAGGAAUUGCUGAAAGUUAUUGAAUGCAUGAGGCAGAAACCUGUCAAAAUAGCUAGAAAUAUGUUUCGUAACUGGGACCCCAUCCUUGAACCCAAUGUAGUUGUAUAUAAUGCUAUACUGAACGCUUGUGUUCAAUCCCGUCAGUGGAAGAGUGUAUAUUGGGUGUUCAACCAGUUGAGAAAGAGUGGUCUGAAACCUAAUGGAGCAACGUAUGGGCUUGCUAUGGAGGUAAUGCUGCAGUCUGGAAAGUAUGACCUCGUGCAUGAAUUAUUUAGAAAAAUGAAAAAAAGCGGAGAAGCUCCAAAAGCUCUUACCUAUAAAGUUAUUGUUAGAGCUUUAUGGUGUGAAGGAAAAGUGAAUGAAGCUGUGGAAGCAGUCAGGGACAUGGAACGAAGAGGAGUGGUUGGGACAAGUGGUGUAUAUUACGAGUUAGCUUGCUGCCUUUGCAAGAGUGGGAGGUGGCAGGAUGCUCUGUUACAGGUUGAGAAGAUGAAACAUGUAUCUAAUACUAAACCUUUGGAGGUCACCUUCACAGGCAUGAUAAGGUCUUCCAUGGAGGGUGGACAUAUUGAUGACUGUAUAUCCAUAUUUGAACACAUGAAGAACCAUUGCACCCCUAACAUAGGGACAAUAAAUACAAUGUUGAAAGUAUUUGGACGCACCGAUAUGUUUUCCAAAGCUAAAGAAUUGUUUGAAGAAACUAAGGCUGCUGAAUCUGAUUCUGACCCUUCACUGGAAGGUGGUGGUAGUUCUCUUGUGCCCGAUGAGUACACAUAUACCUCAAUGCUCAAGGCAUCUGCCAGUGCUCUGCAAUGGGAGUACUUUGAAUAUGUGUACAAGGAGAUGGCUCUCUCGGGAUAUAAAAUGGAUCAAAGUAAAAAUGCAUCAAUACUCGUAGAAGCAUCCAGAGCCGGGAAGGGGUAUCUACUAGAGCAUGCAUUUGACACCACACUGGAAGCCGGUGAAAUUCCCCAUCAAUUGUUCUUUAUUGAAAUGGUAUAUCAAGCUACAGCUCGACAUGAUUACAAGAGAGCGGCAACUCUGGUUAAUACAAUGGCUUAUGCCCCAUUUCAAGUCAGCGAAAGGCAGUGGACAGAUGUUUUUGAGAAAAAUGAAGACGGGAUCAGUCAGGAUGGUUUAACGAAACUGCUGGAUGCUCUACAGCACUGUGAUGUAACAUCGGAAGCCACGCUUUUAAACUUAAAAAGAUCUGUGCAAAGUCUCUGCCGGUCGUAUACAUCGAGAGACUUCUCAAAUUCUAUGUCGGAAUCAUCUUUGGAUGAUAAUGAUGAGGGAUUUGAUGAUAAUGAAGGGCUCAUCAUGCCAAAUCAUUCUUUAGAAUAUAUUGACGGUAAGCCCAAGCCUGGCACUGCUCCUCCUGAUGACAGUAGUGAUGCUCCUUUCAGUGAAUUUCCUCAUCGAAAUAGUACCCAAAGAGGUGUUGCCGCUGAUAUAGAGACACCUUGCAGGCCUUUGGAUUAUAUUUCUGAUGAAGAUGGACUAGACUCGACAGAAAUCGAUGAGGAAAUCGAAGCACUGAUAAGUAAGGAUGAUUCUCACGAAUCUCAUUCGCCCUCGCCAAAGGAAAUAAUGAAAGAUUGGAAGGAAAGAAGGAAAAAGCAUGGGAUACUCAUGCCCUUUCAACUCGGCCAAAAGCAAGUCAAAGUUGCUUCUUCAGCCAGAUCACUUCAGGAGAGGGAAUAGUUCACCAUCUAUUCAGCAUGGUUCUGUCAAUGUAUAUAAGAAAAGUAUUUAACAAUAUGUAUCAGCUCCCAAUAUAUGAAAUAAAAAAAUGCAAAUUAUUAUGAGGAAA